AUGGAACAGUUAGAGCCGAUUCGAGGUUCAAACAUUAAUCAAGCCUCAAUGAUUGUGCAAGACUUUUAUCACAACCUUUCAAACCGUAUUUCACACAAUCCUAUGUAUUCAAAUCUGCCACUAAAAACCAAAGAAUCUAUUUUAAAUUCUGUUGAACGUUUCGUUACAACUUGGAUUUAUUUUUGGGCUUUUGCUUCACCUGCAACAGACGAUGAGAAUAUAGAUGUAAAAUUACAGGAAAAAAUUAGAUCAUUGCAUUGGAUAACUCCUUAUCUGCUUGAUUCACCAAUUAAUCCUAAUUCAUCGGAAGAACUUGCUCAUUUAGACCUUGCUACAUUUGCUCUUAUCAAAGUGAAUACAUUACUUGCAUCUGAAGAUAAAUUAAAUCAAAUAGUCCAAUGCUGUCGUAGUGUGUUCGACGCAUUAAAAGUUCACUAUCGAAAUCAAGCUGCUAUAACACAACAAUAUUUGUCUAAUACUACUAAUACUAAUAAUAGUAAUGAUAAUCAAAACUCAACAUCUGAUUGUAUACCUAGUCAAAAUGAAAAUUCAACUCAUGUACAAAACGAUAAUGUAAUGAGUAAUUCUUUAAAUAAUCAAAUUAUAGUUGAAGAAGAUACAGCAAAUGCUGAUGAUUUUUUACCAACAUUAAUUUGGAUUGUGCUUACUUCAAAUCCACCAUUAAUUUAUUCUAAUUUACAAUUUAUUAUGAGAUUUGCUAAUCAAAAUAGAUUGAAUAGUGGUGAAGCUGGUUAUUUCUUUACAAAUUUAUCAUGUGCUGUUCACUUCUUAAGAAAUCUAACUCAUGAAUCAUUAAGUUUAUCUGAAGAAGAUUUCGGUCGAUGUAUGCGAAGAGGUUUAGCAUUAAUCAGACGUUCUGGUGAACCAUUAUCAGAAGAUGAAAAAUUACUAAUCGAUAAUGGGAUUCGUCUUUCAGAUUUGGAAGAUAGCUUAAACGAUCUAAAUGGAAAAUUAGAAUCAGCGGAAUUAGAUAUGAAACAAUUUCAUGAAUAUUUUCAUCAGGAAGUAAAACAAAUACGCACAACUAUUCCAUUGAAAGUACGCACCGAUGAUUUAGAUUCACGUCAUUUAGAAAAUCCACAUAUUUUAUUAUUAGGUCCAUUAUGUAAAUCAAGUCGACCAAAUGACUCACUAUUAGAUUGUGAUUUAGAUGAGGCUACAAAUCGUUUAUUACCAGAUCCUAUACAACCUGCUCCAUUUGAUGCUGAUCAUUGUAAAAAAAAUAUGUAA